GGCUUUCCGUCUCUCCAGACCCUCAAUCAACACGACAGCAUGCUUGGCGCAACACAGCCGCCCAGAUCUCACCUCAUGCAAUGUUGGAAACACCGCCAGCCUGACUGAACAGAAUCCUUUGCGCAUCGUCUUAGUCAUCGCAAACAUGUCUCGCCCAAACGUCAACGCGCCUAUCCCUUCAUACGAAGAGGCCGUCGUCGCGCCCCCGCCCACAACGGCACCACGACGCCCGUCUGAACCCGAAGCUGCCGAAGAGCUGCCUGUCGAUACAGUGCCACCACCCAUGGCCAUACCAGCGACGCCUCCGCCAGAACUGCCGCCUGCCUACGCUGUCGUAGACGAGAAAGCCACCACUUUUACCAUCUACGGCACCUUCAUCCAUACCCCGAACGCGCCUGCCUACCAGAUAUCCUCCCUCCUCGACGCACGCAUCAACAAGCUUCGCAUACGAAGGUUGCGUGCCGAAGAAGUCACGUUUCUGCAAUCCGGCGCGCCGACGGUCGCCUUUGAUAACAGCAGCGUCCUUUACGAGGCACACGACCCGCCCUUCGUCAUCAACGAGUACUACAUUCAAGGAAAAGCGGGCAGUACGCUACCCGGCGCUUUACAGCUUCGAUUCGGGUUGCGCCGAUGGCACGUCGUACAUAUGCCUACGCAGGGCAGUCGGCCGACUGAGAUCAUGACUUGUGGGAAACUAGGAGGGUUUACAAAAGCGCUUAAGCAAAGGAAGAACGAGCUGGAACCUAGCCAAUGGAAAGACAGUGAGGGCCAUGUCAUCGCUACAGAAGUGCUAAAGAUGGGUCCAGGAGGCAAGAUGCCAACAAUUGAGCUGAGAGACGACCUGGAUCAGACAUGUAGGGAGCUGGUUUUGGCGCUUUGGGUCAGUCGGCUCUGGGCCGCUUUUGGGGCAGGGAGCGGAUACGUCCGUUGAGACUAUCAUCAUAAAAGUCAUCUUAUCAUUGUUGGAUCGACAACCUCGACUGCGAAGCAACGCUCUACUCGCUACGAACGACCCUCUUGAAUCCCUGCUUUGCAACCUGCUCCUUCGCCGCCGCAAUGACAGCAUCAGCGUUGGGGUCGGUGAAGCCACAACCAGUCUUUCCGUUCUGCUGGCUAGCUGCUUCGGCAGAGCAUACACCGUCGCCAGUAGCUGCGACUUGACUGCAGCAAGCGGAGCUGCAGUCGGCAUCCGAAACACAACCGCCCGUGAUAAACUGGGCACCGUUGCCGGCACCGACAUU